AUGGCUCAUUCUAAGCAUAUAGACAAAAUUCUUGAUAGGCAUAGUGAUGAAACUAUUGUAAAUAACCGCUUAAGGGGACAAGGGUAUGAUGGAGCUAGUAAUAUGCGUGGUGAAUGGAAUGGAUUGCAAGCUCUAUUUUUGAAAGAUUGCCCUUUCGCUUAUUACAUUCAUUGUCUUGCUCAUCGAUUACAAUUAGCACUUGUUUCUGCAGCCAAAGAAUUAAGGGUUGCUCAAGCAAAUAAUGUUGCAAACUUAAUUGCCAAUGAUCAAAUUGUGACAGUUAGUGGAAUUAAUCAAAUUGCUUGCUAUGCAUGUUUGAUGCUACUUGUGAAGUUCUUGAAAAAAAGCACUGAAGAAAGUAAUUUCUCCACUCGUGGUGAUGCUAGUGCUGCUUAUGAUGCUAUCACAUCCUUUGAAUUUGUCUUUGUUAUGCAUUUAAUGAGAAAUAUUUUGGAAGUUAGUCAUGAUCUUUGUCAAGCUUUGCAACGAAAAAAUCAAGACAUAUUGAAUGCUUUAACUCUGGUUUCUACUACCAAGACUUUAAUCCAACGAAUAAGAGAAUCAAGUUGGGAGGCUUUCAUAAAAGAAGUUAUAUUAUUUUGUGAGAAACAUGAAGUUGAAGUUCCUGAUAUGAAUGCUUUGCAUAUUCCUAGAAGAGGCCGAACUCGCAAAAUUGUUGACCAAAUUUCAGUGGAGCAUCAUUACCGUGUUAAUUUAUUUCUGGCUGUAAUUAAUACACAGUUGCAAGAGAUUAAUGGAAGAUUCAAUGAUAAUAUGGUGGAAUUGCUUACUUUAAGUUCAACUUUAGAUCCUAGAGAAAAUUAUAAGCUCUUUAGUGUCAACAAAGUAUGA